CAGAGGUUAUGAUCUCCUGUCAAAUGCCAAGUUUUUUUUUGUAUAAUCAUUUUUUAUAUAGGAGUAUAGAUUUUGGAUUCUUUUGCUUUUUUUGAUUAUCAAUUAAAAUUAAGUUGAUCAUUUUCCAAAAAUCUGAUUUUUUUUAAAGUUUAUAGUGGCUUCAAUUAAGGCCGCAAAAACCAUGGCCAAACUGGUCUUCAGAUCCGGUUUGUCCAAGACAGAUCCCCAACUGAAUCCUGUGCUGAUCGUCGGCCAACUGAAACACCUUAACCAGCUCAGAUUCACUGAUAUUAGAGCCAAAUUGGAACCGAGGGUGAAUGAAGAAACAUUCAAGUUGGCAGUGACCAACUUGCAUCCCUCGCCAACUGACACCUCAUCGUUAUGGCUGAAUUCGGCUACUGUAGCCGCUCUGCCAGUGAAAUGUAGCAGACAUAACACACCAUCCAGAGCCCAUUCAAUUACCAAGAUCGUUCAGAGUGCUUUGACUGAUAGUCCUAAUGAAAGCAUUGUGAUGGUUUGUGAAAAACCAGAUGUUUUUGCCAGUGCCUGUGCAAUAGCUCGAGCCUUCCCAUUAUACACAAAGAAAUCUCAAUCUGAGGAUAGCAAGCCGACAGUUUCUGUCGAGUUUGUGAUUGUGCCUCAUGGUGCGAACUCACACUUGCAGGACAAUUCGCAACUCACCGAAAACGAGUUGAAAUGUUUAGAAUAUGCCGUGGACGGGGUCAGAUUAGCGGCCAAGAUCGUCGACGCUCCCUGCAAUGAAAUGAACGUCGAUAACUUUUUGGAGGAAGUUAAAGCUGUCGGGUCCUCGCUGAACAUCACUCCGACGAUAAUCCGGGGCGAAGAGUUACAGAAAAAAGGUUUCGGAGGCAUUUAUGGAGUGGGCAAGGCGGCGAAAGUCCCACCGGCUUUGGCGGUGCUCAGUUACACUCCCGAGGGGGCCACCCAGACCAUCGCUUGGGUGGGAAAGGGUAUUGUUUACGAUACCGGCGGCCUCUGCAUCAAGGGAAAGACCGCCAUGACUGGAAUGAAAAGGGACUGUGGAGGUGCGGCGGGCAUCUUGGGUGCAUUUUACACCGCGGUAAAGUCGGGUUUCAGCGAGAAUCUACACGCAGUUUUCUGUUUGGCCGAAAAUGCCGUAGGUCCCGACGCCACAAGGCCCGACGAUAUUCAUACUUUAUACUCGGGCCGUUCGGUGGAAAUCAACAAUACCGAUGCAGAGGGACGUCUAGUUUUGGCCGAUGGCGUCGUUUAUGCCAACAAGGAUCUUAAGGCUAACAUUAUAUUGGAUAUGGCUACACUUACGGGAGCCCAGGGCAUCGCCACUGGAAAAUACCACGCCGCAGUACUAACUAACAACGGCAAUUGGGAAGACAUUGUCGUCAAGGCGGGACUCACUUCCGGCGAUCUGACCUUCCCGCUACCGUACUGUCCGGAACUGCACUUCCCGGAGUUCACGUCCGCUUUGGCCGACAUGAAAAACAGCGUCGGCGACCGUAGUAACGCUCAGGCGAGUUGCGCCGGCCUUUUUGUCGCCGCCCAUUUAGGAUUCGAUUAUCCCGGCACUUGGGUGCAUGUCGAUAUGGCUUAUCCGGUUCAUAGCGGAGAAAGGGCUACAGGUUACGGUGUGUCCCUGUUAAACACCUUAUUCGGAAGCUAUAGCAAGCAACCCUUGUUAAAAAGCAUAGCGCCAGAUUUGUCUGGAGCCUGCGAAUGCAGCGCUAAAAAGCAGAGAACUGCUUAGUUGGUAGCAUUUUAGUUAAGCAUAUUGUAAUUCAAGUGCCUGUUUUGCUUUCGAUUAUUAAUAGGGUGCAUAAAUGUUGUACUUAACUUUUUAUUCUGAUUGAUGUGCUUAAACGUGUGAUUUUGAGGGAUAAAUAAACAUUUCUUUGAAA